UGCCAUCGAAUGAGGUUGAUUCACACAUCUUAGAGACCAGUAGCUAACAUACUAAAACGUAGCACGUCACUAACGACAUGCCGUCUCUUUUUCCCAUAUCGUGUAAAAAAGAGAGAACGUGUGGCCGCAAUGACGUGUUUUAUGUUUCAUGGUAGCCCCAAGUGUCGCGUACAGUGGCGAAACAAUAAAAUGAAUGACAUCUGCUAAAUAAAUAUGAACGAAUAUUUUUUUGUCUUUCAAUUACGCUUUUACCGGCUUAUCUGAAUUUUAUGGUUGAAGUUCAUAUUUAAUUUAUUUAUUUAUUUACAAAACCAAACCAUAAUAUACGAAUGCCUACCACGUAACAUAACAAACGCGUAACACGUUACUAAUGUCCAAAUGCUGUCUCAUUUUUUCAUUUCUGUGUAAUAAAGAAUGUGUGGACGUCUCCACUGGAGUCCGCACUACAAGAAGUAAGUCAAGAACACUAGAAAGUAUUAAAAAUGUUUACUUGACGUUGGCAAAAACAUCGCUUGGACGGAUGAUGUAUAAGUUUUGAGAAUUAAAAAGUGAAGUAACGUCAGAUAUAAAAAAGAUAUUUAACAAAAGACUUGGCUGUAUGGGCUAGAAACCUUUGCCUCCUCAAUGAAACGAGGGAAUUAACAAAAAAAAAUUAUGAUUAUUACAUCAAAUUUGUAACAUUUUUAAUAAUAUUUUAUUAUACAAACGUACAUAAAUGGAAAGGUUAUUAAACAGUCUACCCGAUGUCAGGAUGUGCUGUUUUGUAUUACCAUUAAAAAUUGGAUGCAUCAUCAUCGCAGUAUGGUAUCUUUUGGUCGGAACAGUGGUGGGUCAACACGUAUUGAUAAGAAAUGAUUUUUUGUCGUUCGAUUGGGCGUUGGUCACUUCGAAAUAUACGUGUUUUGAGAAUAUAGACAAAUCCGACUGCCCCCAAAAUCUACUUAUGAAGACCGCAGCCAAAAUUAUCAUUCUAGUAAUAGAUUUUUCACUGCGAGCCGCGAGUGCUUUAUUACUUGUCGGAAUUUUGAUUAACAUGGUAAAAAGUGCUACAAUAUUUUUAUAUGUGUACGUUAUCACAAGAACCAUAGAUUUUGUAAUCCUGUUGACAAUGAUGUGUCUCUCGGUGGCUGGGAGUUGCACUAACACAGGUUUAAGCAAGUUUAACUGUAUGGUUACGUCUCUUAUUGUUAUUGUCGUGUGCGUUUACGUCGUUAUAGUGAUAAAGAGCUACAGAUCAAUCUGGCUGCCGCCGCACAGCGCGCGCGUGCCUCACUUAAUCAGCGCGCACUCCGCCUCGCUCGCGGAAACUAAGAAAUAAACUUAUCUAUGGAUUGUU